UUUCCAGGAAACUUGGACCGGGUCAGUCAGAUAUAAAAGCAGGACCCUCAGCAUGUAAAAGUCAGAAUCAUUCCUUCCUCACACAGACUGAGACUGAAGAAUUACUUCUUCUGCAGGAUAUCAGACACAAACUGAUGAAUAUGGAGUUUGGACUAUUUCAGACACGUGGAUGUAAAAGCUCCACUUCAUGGAUCUGCUUGACUUUUCUUUGCUCAAUGCUGUGCAUGUGGACCAACGUGGAGUGCUGGUCUUACUACUUCUCAAACACCACUAUGAACUGGAGGAAUGCUCGAGCCUGGUGCAAAGAGCACUACACUGACAUGGUGGCCAUCCAGAACCAGGAGGAGAUCGAGCAUCUCAACAGCUGGCUGCCAAAGAAAUCCAGUUAUUACUGGAUCGGCAUCCGCAAGAUCAAUGACGUCUGGACCUGGGUCGGGACCAACAAGUCGCUGACUGCAGAAGCAACCAACUGGGCGAUGGGCGAACCCAACAAUGGCAAGACUGCACCAAGUCUUGUCAGACUGAGUGAGGACUGUGUGGAGAUGUACAUUAAGAGAGAUCAGCAGGCGGGCAAGUGGAACGACGAGAGGUGCAGCAAACUGAAGAGCGCUCUGUGCUACAAAGCUGCCUGUCAGAGCGACUCAUGUCUCCAUGGAGACUGUGUGGAGACCAUCAACAGCCACAAGUGCGACUGCUUUGAAGGAUUUUAUGGAGACAAGUGUGAGCACGCUAUUGCAUGCAACCCUUUGGCAGAUCCAGCUCACGCCUCUCAACUCUGUUUCCACCCCUUUGGGUCCAAUCGUUUCAACUCUUCCUGCCUUUUCAGCUGUGAACUCGGCUUCCGCUUGGUCGGCGAGUCCCAACUGUUCUGCCAAGCCAGUGGACAUUGGAGCCAACCACUUCCUCUGUGUCAAGUUGAACAGUGUCCAGAUCUGAGCCACACUAAGUUCAGCGGUGGAACAAUGAUCUGCAGACACCCGGUCGGACCUCACAGCUACAACUCCACCUGUGAGUUCAGGUGUUAUGAAGGCUUCGACCUCAUUGGAGAGAACCUGACACGCUGUGAUCACAGCGGCCAAUGGACGGCCAGCGUCCCAGCAUGCACAAUACAGUGUUUUUACCGUAAACUGUAAAUGAAAUUAGACCCUGUGGGGUCUUAAAGCUGAAAAUGAUUAAAAAAGAGAUCAUUUCAUGCAAA